UGUUCUCGCCGCGAGAGACGAUCUCGCGAGACUCUCGCCGCGUCUCGAUCUCUUCUCGCGCGCGGCGUUGCUAUGGCUACGGGGCUGUCAGGGUAGAGCGGUGGGGGGGUGCCCCUCGGAAAAUCCUGCCAUGGCGGACCAUCGCCCGCGACUCCGACCCGGGCCGCCUUGACCGCGGCUCCGUCGGGCCCGAGAUGUCCAACACGCAGUGGGGCAGUGCAGACACCGACCAGCACCCCGCAGCAAGGGCCUCCGUUUCCCCCAACGGCGGCGACGGCAACGGCGACUCCGCGUGCCCGACCAAUGGCGGCGCGGUUCACGCUGCUUCCAACGGCGGCUCCUCACGGACCGAAGAGCCAAGCCCACGGCUCCAGCCUGCCGUCGUCGCCACAGUUACCACCACCACUACCAUCACUGCCGCCACGCCACCGCCGUCGCCCGUCAUUGCGGUCAUCCAGGACACCAGCCCCUCGUGGGCGGGACCAAGCAACGGGAGCGAGGUGAUGGCGGUCCCUGAAGGGGACGUGCAGCAGCGGGGGGACCGGGUCUCGCCCGUGGUGCAGAACAACAACAACAGCGCGGGCUCGGCCCAGCAGGACGCCGGGGACAAGCAGGCCAAGACGUGUUGCUUCUGCUGGUGCUGCUGCUGCAGUUGUUCUUGGCGAGGAUCCAGGCCAGUCUACGCAAGCUUACAGAAACCUGUCAAGCUUUCAAGUUUGGCCGUCAAAAGCAACAACGGCAACGUUAGGUCACCGCGGGAGAACAACCAAAGGCUAACCACAGGCGAUAACUUUUUAAACGGGGAUGGCGAACCACCCCCCACCGUUGACGAGAUUCGUACGUGGGGCGACUCUUUUGAGAAACUCAUGAAAUGUUCAGCUGGGCGCAAGGUGUUUAGGGACUUUUUAAAAUGUGAAUAUAGUGAGGAAAACAUCCUGUUCUGGUUGGCUUGCGAGGACCUCAAGCAGGAGUCGAACCCGGAGAUCAUCGAGGAGAAGGCCCGUGCAAUUUACGAAGACUACAUUUCCAUCCUGUCCCCAAAGGAGGUGAGCCUGGACUCCCGGGUGCGCGAGAUCAUCAACCGCAACAUGGUCGAGCCCACGCCGCACACGUUCGACGAGGCCCAGCUCCAGAUCUACACGCUCAUGCACCGGGACUCUUACCCGCGGUUCGUCAACUCCCCGCUGUUCCGCAAGCUCGCCCAGCUGCCUUCCCCGUCACGCAAGGGCAGCGCCGCCUGACCUCCUCCAAGGCUCAACAAGCUCAAUGACGCGUUGCCGCCACCUGAGACCCGCCGCCCCGAGGCCCCGCAAGGCUCGCGGCGACCACCGAUGCGUACCUGACACACUAGUCUCCCCCGCCCGUCCCCCCCCCCCCUUUCUUCUCACAUUGAGACACCCAAGGACUCUGCGCCCUUCCCCCCCUGCCCCCAGUCUUCGUUUUUCGUUCCGCCAGCAAUAACGGCAUCCGCAUUCCCCGGCCCCCGGGGUUGGGCCCCCUCCCCGACUCCGCUGGCCCCGUUCUCAGAGUCGUUUCCACAAGUGCAUAUCAUUUGCAAGGCCGGCAACAGAUCCCGGUGACGCGCGAAGGACGCUCCCGGCUCCCGGGGGGUUGUUGCUCUUCCCCCAUUUUCUUUUCCUUUCCCACCCUCCUUUUUCUCGUAAGCUCGGCAGUUUCAAACAAUGGCGCAGUUUUAUGUGCACAUAGACCUGCCAGCUCAGUGCUCCCAGGGAACGCGCGUGUCUGUGUAGGCCGUCCCCACCCCCCAGCCUUUCGCUCCUCGGUUGGUUAUGUUGGUAACCUCGGUUUAGGUGAAGGAAUAGGCUGCCCCUGUGUUGCGCCGUGGUUUUGAUGGGACAAGUCUGUCGUCGUCCGGUGUGUCUGUGCGGUGGUGUUUUUUCUCGAUGGCGCGUCAUUUUCGCUCGGUUUCCGGGGCCUUUGUGGGGUAUUUUCUUUUCAUCCCACAGAGGACUGUACCAUCUGUGCAUUUAAAUGUUCCCCCCUCCCUUCGUGUGGAGUGCACCCGUAGGCUCGUGCGACUGCAAAGCUAGAUCACCGGUGCCCAUCCUUUCGGAGCUUACGUUGCCUUAGCGUUUUCGUCAUCCUUACCAUUAGGUUCGUCACAGCAGUGUACGAAACACCGCAGAUUUUUUCACGUGGCUGUCGCUUCGGCACCUACGCCGCUCCAGGUUGCGACCGGAAGAUGUGUCAUGCAAGAGCUGCCGUCGACGCCGAAGCAAGAGCUUCUCGAGAACGACCUCGUCACGACGAGUCGCGGGCAUGCCACCCUCGCCGUAGGCAUACGACACUUUUUUCUCCCUUGAGAGAAGGACGGCACACGUCGAAACUCGCUCAGCCUCGUAGACAAGCACAACAGGGCGGGCGACGCAGACAGUCGGCGCUGCCUCUCUUUACGAGGCGGCUCCGUCGUCUCGUCCGUUCUUCAUGUCACAGCGGCGAGAAAAAGAAGCAGACCACACCGGAGUGACCAAGCAGCAGCAGUAACAAGAAAGAAGAAACGAAAGCAGCGCUCCGAACAAAUAUGCGGUGACAACUCCCCAAACGGUUGUGAACUUUGUGAGGGGUGCUCACAGACGCCUCCAGCUCAUGGCCGGUACGCAAGACGGACCGCCGCGGCGUGAUGUGUCGUCCCAGAAACUCGCGUCGUUGAACUGCAGACUCCCACGCGUGCCACGAUCACGAGCGGUUCGGUGCAACCUGUGCGCACGUCGACGGCCCCCGCUGCGUAGCACGUCGUUCCCUGGGUCCGCCUUUUGCGACAAUGUACUUACACCUACCUCUCCUCCCUGCCGGCAGCAACCGCUAGGGAAUCCGGCAGUAGUGCUCAUUCACGGGAGAGGAACGCAUUUUUCUUCGUUUCUCGUUUUCUUUUCUCAAACCAUCUUCUCUUUCCACCGAGCUUGUCUCCAUUGUCGGAGAAGAGAGGAAAGGAUCCACAGCGGCGAGAAACUGUUCGCCGCAUUCUCGAGGACUUGCAUCUGUUCUUUUCUUUUUUUUUUUGACGGGUGCUAGGACUCCUCUCCCUUUCCUCCCUCAUAAGGAGCAUCCUUUUAUAGUUAUUGUUACGUUUUCCGUGUCUCCACCAGGCCGUUCAUCCGCUGCUAAGCUUAGGUCCACGGCAUGCAAGUGACACAACCGCAAAAAAAAAAUCAAACAAAACACAUUCCGCACACUCGCCGAAAUCUCUGCCUCCCCGUCUCACGAAACGAGCAAAAGACAAACUUUCCGGCAACUUUGACCCCCGCAGGCUGCCGGGGAGGAAACAAACAGCCGUUGCAGCGCUCGCGUACUAGCAUGGCCGAAAUUUAGAAGUGACGAGGACAGCUCUUGUUGUGGCACAUCCCACAUGCGAUUGUGAGAUUAACCCGUGCUAAGGCAAGAAAAUUUUGUGUAGCAAAGUUUCAUUUUUUCUAGUGUCCAUUGUCUGCCAGCCAAGCCAUUGGGACGAGCAAAUCGGUCGAAUAAUGGAUUCGGAGCAUAAAAAUGCUGAGUUGAUCAAACUUUACCUCAUUUGUUUUUCUUCCUAGAUAAAUUGUGACGAGGCUUCAGAGCUCGCAGAUCGAGGGCUGUGCACAAAAGUUUCUCACAAUGUCUUGUGGAUGAAGCGUAAUAGCUGCCCCUAAAAAAAGCUUUCUGUAGACAUCUACAUCCUUCAGAAAUAAUAUGAUGUCACUGGCUGCUGGACAUUUCAAAUUUUCUACUUACUUGUUUGUGUGUUUUUAAUGUGCUUUCUCCCCUAAGCCAUCAAAAGAAGUAGCGCGAAAAAUGUGACACAGCCACCAACUGCCAAAGUCACGGCAUCUGUUCAACGGCAUCAGUGAUUGGAAUUCUCAGCUCCUAUGGGCACAUUAAGGACAACAGUUUCGCUGUCUUGUGCUGGAAUGUAAACGGCACGGCAGAGGUUAUUAUGUGAACUUUUUCGUGUGACCGAACCAAGCCAUUUAUUUCUUGGCUAUGGUGAUGAGAAAUUUAGCCUACCGGGGAAUGGAAAGCAAGGACAUAUGUGCCUGAAGGUUUUGUGCAAAUGCAAGCUCACUUAAACAGGUGUGCAAUAUCAAAGCUUGCAUUAGUUUAUCUGGGCGGCUCGGAAAUACCCACUGUGAGGAACCGAAAGUUGCAAUUCACUCAUUUUCAAAAAAACACCCAAUCUAUCAGGCCAAGAAAGGCAACUUCCUUGCCUCAUUGUCAGGUGUAUAAAAGCGUGACAUUUGUUACAGCACUGUUGAAGUGGUGUCGGGAAAAGUAGCGCCUUCACCUGAUUGCGAAGAACAAGCUUUUUUAUAGCUCCUCAUGGCAUGGCUGCUUCAUUCCUAUCAACAUAUGGUUCCAAGCCACAGUAUGUUACUAAAGGAAUACCGUUCAGUAUUCUUGCAACAUCACGCUAGGGGUACAGCAAACAUGGAAAAAGAAAGAAAUUUGUUCUGCUGCGUUCGAUUCACACACACCAUUUGUAGGCAAGGCCACAGGUCUACCUUGUCAUUGUGCAUGCGGUGAGUCAAUCAUUGCAAUCUAGGGAAGAAUGACAAACCCCAGAGAAUGUGCCCUCUCACAAAUUUAACCUGCCCUGGUUCUUGGGUGCACAAAUUUCGUACACAGUGUAGCAAAGAGAAUGGCAUCUUCAUUCAGAAAUAUUAUCACUGCCUUAUCGUUCACUGGACACCUCGCACAGAUCAGAAAUUAUUGGCCCUCCACAUGCUGUGUGGGAAAGUAGCUGUUCAGAUUAUAUUCCUAAUCAACAUGCAUUCGAGUCAUCUAAAUGUGCGAGCUCUAAUGUGCUUGAAACUUUCGUCUAUUUUGACGCACAGCAACAUUAGCUUGGCAUGCAUCCUUUGAAACUAUUUCCACCAGAUGAUGGAUGAUGGGACAAUACAAAACCCUGUGUUUCUAAGCAACAACACAUGACAAAAGUAACGUUGUGAUUGGCAUCAGAUCGUUCUAGUAGGUGCACCGGGGCAUUUAUAAACUGAAUUCCCUUCUCGUUACGGUGGUAGGAACCAUUAGAGGCACGCUGAAAGAGAACUGUUUUUCAAAUGCACGCUUCAGUGAAAGUAGGGUGCAAUGCGGGCAGUGUUCAUUGUUAAUGCUUUCUUGCCCGGCUGUGGUGCAAUCCAAAGUGCAAUCACUCACUUCUGUCUUCGUCUCUGUGCAACGUAGGUGUCAGUUACGCAUAUCAAUGAGACGCGCGACACAGGCACCACGCUUGCGCCAGCCACACCUGCUUUCGUCUCAUAAAUGCACCUAGGUACUUCAGUCCUCUACGCACAAAUGUUACUCAAGUAGAGACAAGUGUUUUGAUCGUAAUAAAAGUAAUAGCGUAGGCUUCUCUUUAGCGAAUCGCUAACGGUUCCUACCUGGAUUCAACAUUCCCAAUGUUACAACACCUGGUGACAGGAAUUUUUUUUUUUUUUUGCCCGAGUUUUACAAGCUAGUUUAGUCUGCAUCUUUAUUCUAACGUUUUACGACUACUGAAAGCAGACUUGCCGAACAGGCAUUCGGAGGCCUCGCUUAUUCCUCUACGGCCACCGGCACAAGGUCUAGAACUCCCCGGAACAAUUAUGUUUCUCAAUCAACUAAGAAUAGGCGGACCAAACCACAUGUGCGGACGUGACGGCGUACGAGCCUGCUUUUCUCUUCUCUUGACACUCUCAUUCCUUACAUUUGUGUUUAGCCACCUCACUGUUUGUUUCAUCACCGGCAGCCUCAUGCUAUUCUCAACGGCAGAAGGGUGAUGUGCAUGCGCGAAUUAGAUGCGCCCUCCCGAGCACGCAGUCUUUUUACUUGCAGCCACCUUUCGCAUCGACACAAACGAGAUGCCUGUUGCCGGCCAGGGCAAAAUGUCAAUCUCGUACAAACAACUUUCGGCACUCCACAAUGCUCUCGGUCUGAGGCGGCCUCGUGCCGCAGGCCUGGGGUGUUCUCAAAACGCGCCCUGUGCGAUUAAAGACGUCCCCUCGCUACAAAGACACAAACACCGAGAGAAAGAGACGUAAAGAAUGCCCUCAGUUUGAUUGUUGCGCACCAUUUUUUUUUUUCUGUUCGCCGAAUGCGUACGAACCUCCACCGAGAGAGAAACGACAGAAACUUAGGUCCUUUGCAAUAUUGCAACUUUCCUGGAAAAACAUUUUUUUGCAAGCGAGCACUGACGUUGCAGAGAGACGGACGUAACCCCCUCGCAUACUGAGAAUCCAACAAGAAGAGAUGUUAAUAAAUGUUCCUUACGAUGGUUUUU